AAAAGGACAAAUAAUAACACUGAAGGAAUCGAAAGAAGAGAACAGCGCACAUUUGCUCGAAGAGACGAAGAUCCACGUAGAAAGCACUUCGCCUUCUGAGAUUGCGGACGCCGAGAUCGGGAUCGCCUCCGGAGCUCCGCUCUGGACAGUACGGAUCGAACCGUGGCUCCCUCAGGGCCGCAGAACCUUUCCCGAAGGAAACCCUCCUCCUCUUCUUCUUCUUCUUUUACUCCAGCAGACCUGGUUCAUCGCCCUCCUCUUCUUAAUGGCGAUUGGUUUCUUCGCGCUCGCUCUCUUUCUAUUCCUGGGUCUUGAUUUCGAGCAGGGCUCUCCCACUCCCGCUUCCGCCGCCUCCGAAGGCGUUGAGGUUACUUAUGGGACAGUUCUUAAAUUGAUGCACGAGAGGACGAAAUUCCGGUUGCAUUCACAUGAAGUGCCUUACGGUUCGGGCAGUGGGCAGCAGUCGGUUACUGGUUUCCCUAAUGUCGAUGACUCAAACAGCUACUGGAUUGUUAAGCCUGUUCCAGACCCAUCUGCUAAACAAGGUGAUAAAAUUAAGAGUGGAACUCUUAUCCGACUACAGCAUAUGAGGACUCGAAGAUGGUUGCACAGCCACUUGCAUGCAUCCCCAAUUUCGGGCAACUUGGAGGUGAGCUGCUUUGGAGGAGAAGGUGAAUCUGAUACUGGUGAUUUCUGGAGGCUUGAGAUUAUUGAGGGGAGUGGAAAAACUUGGAAACAAGAUCAAAGAAUCAGACUUCAACACGUAGACACUGGUGGUUACCUACAUAGUCACGAUAAGAAAUACAGUCGGAUAGCCGGGGGUCAGCAGGAGGUUUGUGGUGUGCGAGAAAAGCGUCCUGAUAACGUGUGGUUGGCAGCAGAAGGGGUAUACCUUCCAGUUAAUGAAAGCAAAUAGAACUGAGCUACCUGAUUUCAUGUAUUAGAGCAAAUGUAGGUGUUGGUUUUUGCUUGUUGGUGCUGGUAUCAGUCAUGUGCCCGUCCUGAGUGUAGAAGGAUAUUUGUCUGAAGAUGACGUCCGUGAUUGUGAGGUGAGUCCAUUCAAUGAUUUGUAAUCACGAACCCCAGUUUUCAUUCUCCAGGGGACUGAUGAAACACUUUGAUUAGUAGAGCCUCAGCAAAUGCGACAUAUCCACACCAAUUCUUCUGACUAGAAUAUAACUUGCUAAUGUGACUGUUAUAGUUCAGAUGAGUGUGAUCACUGUGAUGGGUUUGUUUUGAAUUCCAAAACCGAGAAAUCUUAUUAUUAAUUGAUGCUAGGGCAUUGGAUA